AUGGGUGGCUCCCAGCUGACGACUCUGCAGCCAGCCCUAAUGGUACCGUUGGAGGUGCGGCAGGCAGGUGAGUGUGUCUUGUGUCCUGUGAACGCAGCUUCUCUCGGGGAUGUGUCGCGGUACUGUCAUGAUUUCACGGAUGUGGAUGAGGUGAACUCGUACCUGUCGCUGAAUGUGAGCUCUGCGCUCUGUCUGACCGCGGGAGUUCUGCGCAUGUUCCCACAGCGCACUGGCCUGACGCGUGUCAUCGUCAAUGUCAGCUCGCUGUCCGCACUCCAGCCCUUCCCAUCCUGGGUUCUGUACUGCAGCGGGAAAGCGGCCCGGGACAUGAUGUUCCGAGUGCUGGCAGAGGAAGAACCGGAUCUCAGAGUCCUGAACUAUGCGCCAGGGCCUCUGGACACAGACAUGCAGCUGCAGGCGAGGAGCAGCUCUGCAGACGACGCUCUGAGGAACUCGUUCAGCAUCAUGCACGCUCAGGGUCAGCUGCUCACCUGUGACCAGUCCAUCAACAAACUCAUCAAGGUCCUGCUGGAGAACAAAUACCCCUCGGGAGCACAUCUAGACUUCUAUGAUUUAUAGAGUUUGUGCUUUAAACAACCACUCAUUCUCUAGUGUUCAUCCCAUUUGAUUAAUGAUUGAUUGAUUGAUUUGAGAGCAGACACUAUGUAAUGAACCUUAUUUUCUGAAAUGAACCAAUGAAUCUCAUUUAUGGGUCAUUAAUGAUCUCUAAUUUCUGUCUGAUAUGUUCUUGUGUUGUCACGAUACUGGAAUAUCUAACAUUUGAUAUCAUACCUUGAAAAAAUAUCAAUAAGCUCCACUGGUAUUGGUGUAUUGAAACUGCUUCAAAUAUUUACAUUUAUUCAUUUAGCAGACGCUUUUAUCCAAAGCGACUUACAAUUGAGGAGUACAGCAAGCGAUUCAUCAUAAAGAGGCAAUGGUUUAAUGAGGAUUUGACUUUUAAAUUACUAGCAGUCAGAUCUGCUUCUGGACCAAAAGAAAGCUCUCUGUGAUCGUUUGCCAAAUGAUUCUUCAUUAUGUGUUUACUGAUAUCUUUCUAGCUGCUGCUGUUUUUCCAUGUCAUAAACACACUAAAGACUUUGGAUUACAUGAAAGCUUCCAUGUAUAAAUGUGUUACUUACGUAAUCCAAGUCCAGACCAUGUGAUGUAGCCUAUUUUAUUCGGAAAUGUUCACUUUGUCUUAAAUUGCUAGCCAUAUUUUUUUUUAAUAAUAAAUAAUCUUUUGUUCUAUAACUUGUAGUUUUUAA